GUCAACAGCAAGUGCAAGUGACGAACUUUACAAUAUAAUUAAUUUUGUAAAUAGGAAAAAGUUUGUAAAAAUGUCUCUGUUGGAAAGUGAAAAAGAAUGGUUUAUUCAAGCUCCUUGGGGGAAGAUAUGUAUAGUGGCAUGGGGCAGCUGUCUGGACCCCCCGGUGCUGGUCUGUCACGGGGAGAGGGACUCCCUCGCUAGCUUCCGGCCCCUCCUACGGCUACUUCCCACCAAUUUCUACUAUGUAGGUAUGGAGUUACCUGGUAACGGGCGGUCAGACCCGUACCCCCCGGGGCUGCCGGUCUCCCUCAUGGACCUGGUCUACAGCCUCGAGGUGGUCCGCAGGCACUUCCGAUGGGACCAGUUCAUAUACUUGGCACAUUCCGUCGCUACCACUAUAGGUAGACUAUACAAUGUAUCGAACCCUGGCCGCAUGUCUCGGGUCAUAGAACUAGACCAAGUGACUCCUUCUUUCGUCAUGGUUACGCCGGAGAACUUUGCUGACUGGUAUAACAUAUUGUACACGCAGUACUUCGACAGAUACGACUUUUACAACUCAUCGAAAGAGAACGCACCAAAAUAUACAAUGGAACAGGCCGUGGAGCGCGUAAUGAGGGUCCGCCAGCUGCCCCCGGAGGCGGCACGAGCCACCGUCGAGCGGUGGAGCGAGCCCGCGGGACACGGGCUCAUCAGAUUCACAAUCGACCAACGCACGAAGCAUCUUCUCCGCCCCCCCUUCUCAGCCGAGCAAGUGAAAGCCCUCUUUACCUCCCUCCCGACCCCCACACUAGGCAUCAUAGCAGAGAAAUCAGUGAAAAAUGGCUACUUCACCAACACGAGUUUCCUUCUAGAAGAUUACGGAAACUAUAGGGUCAGAAAAGUGGACGGAGGCCACGAUGUACAUAUAACCAAUCCGGAGCGUAUGGCUCCCUUUGUAAGUCAAUUCCUGUUGCAUGGCAUCGACGGGUUGGACAGGAAAGCUAAAUUAUAAAAAAUAAACUUUGCGGCGGACCUAACGAGUUGACCAACUAAAUCCACCAAUUUACAACAGAUGGCGCUCAUUGUUCAACGCAUAACAUAACACAGUGUGGCGGACCUAACUAGUAGACCAGCUAGUUCCGCCCAUAUACAACAGAUGGCGCUCAUUAUUCACCGCAUAACAUAAUAAUAUAGUGUGGUGGACGUAACUAGUAGACCAGCUAGUUCCGCCCAUAUACAACAGAUGGCGCUCAUUAUUCACCGCAUAACAUAAUAAUAUAGUGUGGUGGACGUAACUAGUAGACCAGCUAGUUCCGCCCAUAUACAACAGAUGGCGCUCAUAUAAAAUAUAAUAGAAAUUGUUUCUUAUAAAAGGACGCCACACACAAAAACAAGAGUAUAACAUCAUACAAUGCAGGCCUGAACUCUGCGGACCCAAUAAGUUGACCAACUAAUACCGCCAAUAAGCAACAGAUGGCGCUCAUAUCAUACAAUGUAGGCUUAAGGACCAAACGAGUUGACCAAGCUAGUUCCGCACUUUAAACAACACAUGGCGCUCAUAUCAUACAAUGCAGGCCGAAGCACGGAUCGUCUUACUAGACCCCUAGUUUGGUUAGGACAUUUCAGGCUGAUCACCUGAUUUUCCGAAAGUAAGAACAGUAACAAAGUGAUUUUUGUGAUAUGUAUGGGCCUCUGGAUCGUAAGCCCAACGCUCAAUCACUGGACCACAGAGGCCGGUAAAACCACUCAAGAGGUGUGACUUUGGUUGCUUCUCUUUAUUUGGAUCAGAGUAAUAAUGGUGGAAGAUGUAAUUGUGCUUGGGUGUAAUAAAAAGGGUCAUCAUUUAUACCCAAAAACAAAGAUAAAAAAUGCAUUUUAUGUCUGUUAUCCAUGAAAUUAGAAAGUUAAAUGAAGGCAAAUCUGUACAGACAACUUAAGAGGUGUGACAGAGGACUUAUCUCUACCAGUCAUUGUAUGAAUGGGAGAUAUCUCUUGAGACUGCACAUCCUACGCUUAUCUGUCUAUCUAGUCUAAUCUUAACGUUCGUCCAAACAGACUAUAACAGCUCAAAACGGUGAACGGAACUGUCAAAAUAAAAUAAACAGAAUUCUUUCUUUUUUUGGCGAUGUACGUAUCAACUUAAGUAUUUUAUUUUAUAGUCAUGUUAUUUAAUGGUGAAUGAUGUUACAAAUAAAAUAGUAAAUAAUUUAAA